AUGAGUUUAAAGGACGCUAAGGUUCUCAUCCUUAAUGCAGGAUAUAAUCAGCCUCCAAUGGCUAAGGGCAAGCUCAAUGAGGCCCUUGCCAAUGAUAUGGAGAAGUACCUCCAAGGAAAGGGCCAUGAGACUAAAAUUACACACAUGGAACAGGGAUACAAGGUUGAAGAGGAAGUUGCCAAAUUCAACUGGGCUGAUGUUAUCAUUGUCCAAACACCAACAUGGUGGCUUGGCCUUCCAGGUCCAGCCAAAACAUACAUUGACUCCGUCCUUAGCGCUUACAUGAUGAAUCCGGACAAGAAGGAUGGUAAGAAGGUUUCUGCUACAUUCGCAGCUACUGAAGAAACAAUGGUAGAUCCAAAAUCUGCCUAUCAAGGAUUAGGAGCUGAUCAAGUUUGGUGGACAUUAUACCAGAAUUUCUUCUUCUGUGGAAUUGGAAAGCUCCCAAUUGUUACAGUUAACAAUGUUCUUAACCCAAGCUUCAAAUUUGAUGAAGCUGUUUCCAAACUUCAUGCUCAUCUUGAUAAAGUUUUAGUAUAA